AUGGCGAAACAUUUGAAAGUCCUUCUUUCUGCAUAUCGUGUCUCCGCUUUUCGACGCCAUUUUUCCAUUCCUGGCGACAUCCACAUGUCACUCGUGGCAGAGAGCGUAGUUGACAUGGAGAGGACCGAUGCCAGCACGAUCAUCUUUCCCCUCCUGUCAAUCGCUGAGGGUGGAGUCCGUUUCCCCCUUCACCCGUUUUUUAGGGUUGUCCUGCGCUACUGGGGUUUACUCCCUUCUCAACCUAACGUAUCAGAACUUGCACUCCUAGAAGAAUCAUUUGAAGCCAAUGUUCGUGACUAUACCAAGAUAAUUCAUGGCUAUGCAAAGCAAAACAGACUGCAAGAUGCUGAAAAGAUCCUAUUGGCCAUGAAGAGAAGAGGCUUCCUGUGCGAUCAAGUGACCCUGACCGCUUUAAUUCACAUGUAUAGCAAGGCAGGAAAUCUUAAACAGGCAGAAAAUACAUUUGAGGAGAUGAAGCUACUUGGUGUGCCACUCGAUAAGAGAUCAUACGGGGCAAUGAUCAUGACUUACAUUAGAGCUGGGAUGCUUGAUCAGGGAGAGAGUCUACUUAGAGAAAUGGAAGACCAAGAAACAUAUGCCGGAAGAGAAGUUUACAAAGCCUUGUUGAGAGCAUAUUCCAUGAUCGGUGAUAGUGAAGGAGCUCAAAGGGUGUUCAAUGCAAUUCAAUUUGCGGGCAUCAUUCCCGAUGCCAAGCUGUGCGGUCUCCUCAUAAAUGCAUAUGUAGUGGCGGGUCAUAGUCACAAGGCUUGUAUCGCGUUUGAAAAUUUGAGACGAGCUGGUCUUGAACCCAAUGAUAAAUGUGUGGCUCUGAUUUUGGCUGCUUGUGAAAAGGACAACAAGCUUAACAAGGCACUGGGUUUUCUCAUAGAUUUGGAGAGAGAUGGUAUCAUGGUUGGAAAAGAAGCUUCAGAAGUACUAGUUGGGUGGUUUCGAAGGUUGGGGUUAGUGGAAGAAGUCAAUCUUGUGUUGAAAGAAUAUGCCUUGAUUCAAGUCAACUGCAAAGGACGUGCUUUUUAAUUCAGCUUCAAGCUUUCUUUGCUUGGUGUCUGCUUGGGAAACAUGCUCAACCGCCUGCCUCCAUAACUUCCCUUUGUUGGAGCAUUACAGGUCUCUUGGUUAAUCUCAUUUUUGAUACCUCCCAUGUCUUGAGUGGAGUGUUAAGUGUUGCUUGCAACUAUGAAACUUGCUGAAAUGUGGCUUGACCUGCAUGUACUUCACUAAAUUGAGGGAUGCAAGCUGCUACCAGCAUAU